AUGGAAGUGCGGGUCACAUGUCUCCAACAGACGCUUUUAAUAAAACUUCAGAGAGAGUAGGCGAGUAACCCCCACGUGAUACAUCAAAACAAGUAUUUGAAAGAGAACCCUAACAAAGGUAGUAGCUUGCUACCAAAACAUUGGUUUGUAACUUUUUAUGAAAUAGAAAUUGAUGAGAGUAACCCCGCCCCCCACAGCUCCAGAGGAAGCGACACAUAGGAAAUGACAUCGUAGGAGUGGUGUUCCAGGAAGAGGCCACACCCUUCGUAGCAGACAUGAUUGCCUCAAACUUCCUCCACGCCUUCAUACUGGUGCAGGUGGACAACCCCUGUACCCAACACACCACCUACAAGGUACUGAACAUACACACACACACUCUAACCCAGGGUUGGCCCGCAAGUAAUAUUUUUGGACCCCCAAAAUAUAUAUUUAAAAACAUACACUACCGUUCAAAAGUUUGGGGUCACUUAGAAAUGUCCUUGUUUUCGAAAGAAAAGCAAUUUUUUUGUCCAUUAAAAUAACAUCAAAUUGAUCAGAAAUACAGUGUAGACAUUAUUAAUGUUGUAAAUGGCUAUUGUAGCUGGAAACGGCUGAUUUAUAAUGGAAUAUCUACAUAGGCGUACAGAGGCCCAUUAUCAGCAACCAUCAGUCCUGUGUUCCAAUGGCACGUUGUGUUUGCUAAUGCAAGUUUAUCAUUUUAAAAGGCUAAUUGAUCAUUAGAAAACCCUUUUGCAGUUAUGUUAGCACAGCUGAAAACUGUUGUGCUGAUUAAAGAAGCAACAAAACUGGCCUUCUUGAGACUAGUUGAGUAUCUGGAGCAUCAGCAAUUGUGGGUUCGUUUACAGGCUCGAGUUGCAAAGAAAAAGCCAUAUCUCAGACUCCUUUUCUUUUUAUUGGCCAGUCUGAGAUAUGGCUUUUUCUUUGCAACUCUGCCUAGAAGGUCAGCAUCCCGGAGUCGCCUCUUCACUGUUGACAUUGAGACUGGUGUUUUGUGGGUACUAUUUAAUGAAGCUGCCAGUUGAGGACCAGUGAGGCGUCUGUUUCUCAAACUACACACUCAAAUGUAUUUGUCCUCUUGCUCAGUUGUGCACCGGGGCCUCCCACUCCUCUUUCUAUUCUGGUUAGAGCCAGUUUGCGCUGUUCUGUGAAGGGAGUAGUACACAGCAUUGUACGAGAUCUUCAGUUUCUUGGUAAUUUCUCGCAUUGAAUAGCCUUCAUUUCUCAGAACAAGAAUAGACUGACGAGUUUCAGAAGAAAGUUAUUUGUUUCUGGCCAUUUUGAGCCUGUAAUCGAACCCACAAUUGCUGAUGCUCCAGAUACUCAACUAGUCUCAAGAAGGCCAGUUUUAUAGCUUCUUUAAUCAGCACAACAGUUUUCAGCUGUUCUAACAUAAUUGCAAAAGGGUUUUCUAAUGAUCAAUUAGCCAUUUAAAAUGAUAAACUUGGAUUAGCAAACACAACGUGCCAUUGGAACACAGGACUGAUGGUUGCUGAUAAUGGGCCUCUGUACACCUAUGUAGAUAUUCCAUAAAAUAUCAGCCGUUUCUAGCUACAAUAGCCAUUCACAACAUUAACAAUGUCUACACUGUAUUUCUGAUCAAUUUGAUGUUAUUUUAAUGGACAAAAAAAUUGCUUUUCUUUCGAAAACAAGGACAUUUCUAAGUGACCCCAAACUUUUGAACGGUAGUGUAUAUACACUGCUCAAAAAAAUAAAGGGAACACUAAAAUAACACAUCCUAGAUCUGAAUGAAUGAAAUAAUCUUAUUAAAUACUUUUUUCUUUACAUAGUUGAAUGUGCUGACAACAAAAUCACACAAAAAUUAUCAAUGGAAAUCAAAUUUAUCAACCCAUGGAGGUCUGGAUUUGGAGUCACCCUCAAAAUUAAAGUGGAAAACCACACUACAGGCUGAUCCACCUUUGAUGUAAUGUCCUUAAAACAAGUCAAAAUGAGGCUCAGUAGUGUGUGUGGCCUCCACGUGCCUGUAUGACCUCCCUACAACGCCUGGGCAUGCUCCUGAUGAGGUGGCGGAUGGUCUCCUGAGGGAUCUCCUCCCAGACCUGGACUAAAGCAUGGAGCGAGACAUGAUGUCCCAGAUGUGCUCAAUUGGAUUCAGGUCUGGGGAACGGGCGGGCCAGUCCAUAGCAUCAAUGCCUUCCUCUUACAGGAACUGCUGACACACUCCAGCCACAUGAGGUCUAGCAUUGUCUUGCAUUAGGAGGAACCCAGGGCCAACCGCACCAGCAUAUGGUCUCACAAGGGGUCUGAGGAUCUCAUCUCGGUACCUAAUGGCAGUCAGGCUACCUCUGGCGAGCACACGGAGGGCUGUGCGGCCCCCCAAAGAAAUGCCACCCCACACCAUGACCCACCGCCAAACCGGUCAUGCUGGAGGAUGUUGCAGGCAGCAGAACGUUCUCCACGGCGUCUCCAGACUCUGUCACGUCUGUCACGUGCUCAGUGUGACCCUGCUUUCAUCUGUGAAGAGCACAGGGCGCCAGUGGCGAAUUUGGCAAUCUUGGUGUUCUCUGGCAAAUGCCAAACGUCCUGCACGGUGUUGGGCUGUAAGCACAAUCCCCACCUGUGGACGUCGGGCCCUCAUACCACCCUCAUGGAGUCUGUUUCUGACCGUUUGAGCAGACACAUGCACAUUUGUGGCCUGCUGGAGGUCAUUUUGCAGGGCUCUGGCAGUGCUCCACCUGCUCCUCCUUGCACAAAGGCGGAGGUAGCAGUCCUGCUGCUGGGUUGUUGCCCUCCUACGGCCUCCUCCACGUCUCCUGAUGUACUGGCCUGUCUCCUGGUAGCCCCUCCAUGCUCUGGACACUACGCUGACAGACACAGCAAACCUUCUUGCCACAGCUCGCAUUGAUGUGCCAUCCUGGAUGAGCUGCACUACCUGAGCCACUUGUGUGGGUUGUAGACUCCGUCUCAUGCUACCACUAGAGUGAAAGCACCAAAAGUGCAGCAUUCAAAAGUUACCAAAACAUCAGCCAGGAAGCAUAGGAACUGAGAAGUGGUCUGUGGUCACCACCUGCAAAACCAGUCCUUUAUUGGGGGUGUCUUGCUAAUUGCCUAUAAUUUCCACCUGUUGUCUAUUCCAUUUGCACAACAGCAUGUGACAUUUAUUGUCAAUCAGUGUUGCUUCCUAAGUGGACAGUUUGAUUUCACAGAAGUGUGAUUCACUUGGAGUUACAUUGUGUUGUUUAAGUGUUCCCUUUAUUUUUUUGAGCAGUGUAUAAUAACAUGUUGUUGUUUUUUUUUGGGGGGGGGGGGUUUAGUUUUGGGUUACAAAACACUGUAAAAUCACCAGGAAUUCAGCAAAACUGUUCCCAAAUAUUCCCACGAAUAAAAAAAAGAGACGUGAUCGUAAUCAAGGUAUGAAAUGAUUGUUAUUUUGAAAUACAAUUUAUUUUUGGGCUUAGUUUUGGUCAAUUUGCAUUGUACAAAUUAUUAUAACUAUGUUCCGGCCCCCCGACCAUCUGCUCCGACAAAAAUCGGCCCGCGGCUGAAUCUAGUUGUCUACCCCUUCUCUAACUUAACAUACACACGCAGAUGACGACAACUCUGAUCAUUAUGGUUAUGAUUGACAGGUGUCAGUCACUGCCCGAGAGGAUGUUCCUUCAUUUGGCCCACCCCUCCCCAGUCCAGCAGUGUUUAAAAAGGUGAGAGCAGCCUGACGAGGUUUAGGAAACACUGUCUAUUCUGAGAGAAUUCAAAUAGAUUUCAGCUUUUACCUAUUAAUGAAUAAUUGCUCUGGGCUUUGAGACCAUUUGUUAAAUUUGUCUGUUCUCUCUCUCUCUCUCGUCCAGUCGCUCCUUCCCUCUCUCUCUCUCUCGCUCUGCUCUCUCCUCUCUCUCUCUCGCUCUUCUCUCUCCUCUCUCUCUCUCUCUUCUUGUCCCUGCUCUCUUCCUCUCUCCUGCCUCUCUCUGCCUCUCUCUGCCUCUCUCUGCCUCUCUCUGCCUCUCCCUCUGUCCCUCCCUCCAGGGUCCAGAGUUCAGAGAGUAUCUGCUCACCAAGUUGAUCAAUGCAGAGAAUGCCUGCUACAAGAGUGACAGAUUCGCCAGGCUGGAGGUGGGUAAUAAAUAAUAGUUAUUUUAAUGUUAUAUUUUAUAUACUGUUAAGCACAUUGCGUACUACAGAGGGAGUCUCAGACCCACCUAAACCUAGGAGGACAACCCCAGACCCAAGCCAAAACCGUGUUUAUGUUGUCUUGAAUGGUCUCUCUCAAGUCUAAGACCACAAGGUCAAGAUUUUACCUCAGGUCAAAUGUAUAACAUAUUGAAGUGAAUUUUAUGGGGUUUAUAUUACUUGUGUGUGUGUGUGUGUAGGAGCGGACGCGGGCGGCCCUGCUCGACGGUCUACAUGACGAGCUUUACAGACACACCCAGCACAUGCUGGGAGUGGGCGUCGGCCCCGAGGAGGAGCGGGCAGAGAACGGACACGGCCACGGAGGACUGCUGGAGUCCAUCAAGGUCACACACACAACUCUCUCUCUCAUUUCAUGUUUCCCUCUCUCCUACCUCCACAUAUUUUAACUCAAAAGGGCAUUCAUUAAUGCGUGAACAAGAAUCACUUUUCUCUCUCUUUCUCUCCCCCAGAGGGCGAUGCGAGGAAGGAGUGUCUCCAUGGAGAUGAUGGCAAAGGGUGGAGGAGGUGGCAUGCCCACCAGUCUGAGUGGAGGGGUUCUGCCCCACAGCAGCUCUGAUGUGAGGGAGGGGUGAGGGAAGGCUUGAGGAGGUGGGAGAGACAGUAGGGGGGAGUGGGGAUGAUGGGGUGGUUAAAAAGGUGAGGACAGGGGGACAGUGAGGCGUAUAAUUGAUAAAAUGCCGUUACAACUUCUCACCCAUCUUGGUCUCUUUCCCCUACUUCUUCCCUACUCCUCUCUCUCUCAGGCGACUAAUGUUAAGUCUCCAGUGAAACGUCGCUCUGGUCUUUUCCCUCGCCUGCUCAGUAUAGACAGCCAGACAGAGAGACAUAACCACAAUCAUCGCAGGUAGGACACAAACACACAGAGACUUCAGUAGAUCACAUCUAUAGAUGUAAUGUAUGUAUUGGUGCCUUUCAGGGUGUCGAUUGAGGACCUCUUUGCUGAGGAAUGGGAUAAUUUUUCAUCAGUGUGUUUUUCAUUUGUAUUUGUAUUGCUGGUGUAUUUCCUAUGUGGAAUUUGUUAUGUAAUUGUACGACGCAGGGCUCCCUAGCAAAAGAGACCUUGGUCUCAAUGGGACUCCCUGUUAAAAAAAAAAAAUCAGAUAAAAAGAUGUAGCUACAUGAUAGUGCUGCUUUUGUCCUUUACAGUCUCCAUAGUGACCAGAGAAGCUUUGAUACUGGCCACCCUACGCAGGAUGUGAGGUCAGAGACCCUCUCUAACCCCAGCUCUCCAGAGGCCUGCCCUAAGGAAAGGUGUGUGUGCAUGUAUUUCCCUCCCCCUCUCCCUCUCUCUAGGCCCAGCAGUGUAAAGUUAAAAGGGAGCAGUAGGACUAACGUCUCCCCCCCCCUUCUAGGCCCAGCAGUGUAAAGUUAAAAGGGAGCAGUAGGACUAACGUCUCCCCCCCCCCCCCCUCUAGGCCCAGCAGUGUAAAGUUAAAAGGGAGCAGUAGGACUAACGUCUCCCCCCCCCCCCCCCCCCCCUUCUAGGCCCAGCAGUGUAAAGUUGAAUGAGUGCAGUGCCAGCAGGACUAACGUCUGCUGCUCCUCAUCUAGCACGAGUAGCUUCAGCAGCGCAGCAGGAGAGAGAGAGGCCACCGACACUGACCCUGUGAGUGGCACCUGUUUGAGUGUGUGUGUGCGUGCUUCAAUGAGAAUGUGUGUAGUGUGGUCCUCUGUAGCUCAGCUGGUAGAGCACGGCACUUGUAACGCCAAGGUAGUGGGUUCGAUCCCCGGGACCACCCAUACACAAAAAAGAAAAAUGUAUGCACGCAUGACUGUAAGUCGCUUUGGAUAAAAGCGUCUGCUAAAUGGCAUAUUAUAUUAUUAUAUUAUAUAGUGUAUUUCUCACUUUAUCCCUCCUAUCCAUCUCUCCAUCCCUCCCCAUGUGUAUCUCUAGAACACCCUGGCACCCUCAGUGUUCCCCUCUGUUCACAGCCCCUCCCUCACUGUUGAAAGUCAGAGUUCAGGGACCCCUGUCAUUAUGUGCCGCAGCCCCACAGGUAACCACGACAACAGCUUCCUGUGCUUUUAAUAAUCAUACUUUUCUAACUGAACGUAAUUAUUUCUUAGUCAUUACAUCAGAGGAAAGGUUUGUUUAUAAAUGCUUGUUUUGUUUCUCUUUUCAAUCUAGAGUUAAAGAAUAAGAGCUCUCCUAGGUCCAACUUGAAGUUCCGUUUUGACAAAUUGAGUCACUCUGCAGCAGUAAGUAUUGUCUCUCUGAGUAUGAAUGUUGUGUGUGUGUGAGAGAGAGAGAACCUGUGUGUGUCACCAGCCCCUCCUGUCUUUCUAACAGGGACACUAGGUGAGAAACUAGGGAUGAGAGAGAGAUUAAACAGGUGAGGGAGGCUCUUGUGAAUUGAAAUAUGUUGUAUUUUAAUUUGUUUCUCACUCUGUUGUUUCUCAUUUUUCCCCUUUCUCAGUUCCAACAGGAUGGAGGGAUGAAGGAGAGUACAUUAGGGAUGUGUGGAGAGAAAUAA